CGCAAUUGAAUUUCUAGGAGAAAAUCACAAUCAGAGUCGUCCGUUUCAAUUGUUGAUGGGCAUGGGUAGGAUUUGUAGAGGAACUUCCAAACCUUCGUCUUCUUCAUCUCCUUCGUUAACCACAUCUACAUCUCAUACCGAGACUGUUAAUGGUUCUCACCAAUUCAAGAUCACUGGGUACUCUCUAUCAAAGGGUCUCGGGAUCGGGAAAUACAUCGCGUCCGACACUUUCAUGGUGGGUGGAUACGCCUGGGCGAUCUAUUUCUAUCCGGACGGGAAGAGCAUCGAGGACAACGCGACUUAUGUUUCUCUAUUCAUCGCGUUAGCAAGUGACGGCACUGAUGUCAGAGCUCUUUUCGAAUUGACGCUUUUAGAUCAAAGCGGGAAAGAGCGACAUAAGGUUCACAGCCAUUUUGGGAGGACGCUGGAGAGCGGGCCAUACACGCUUAAAUACCGUGGAAGCAUGUGGGGUUACAAGCGUUUUUUUAAAAGAACAGCUUUGGAGACAUCGGAUUACCUCAAAGACGAUUGCUUGUCAGUUCACUGUAGUGUCGGUGUUGUUAGAUCACGGACAGAACCACCCAAGAUUUACUCCAUAGCAAUGCCACCUUCUAACAUUGGUCAACAUUUCGGGCAGCUCUUGGAAAGUGGGAAGGGAACUGAUGUAAAUUUUGAAGUUGAUGGGGAGACAUUUGCAGCCCACAAGUUGGUUCUAGCGGCUCGUUCUCCUGUGUUCAGGGCACAACUUUUUGGUCCAAUGAAGGAUCGAAACACUCAUUGCAUAAAGGUUGAAGAUAUGGAGGCUCCAGCUUUUAAGGCCUUGCUCCAUUUCGUAUACUGGGAUGGCCUCCCUGACAUGCAAGAGCUGACUGGUUUCAACUCCAAGUGGGCUUCCACCCUGAUGGGUCAGCAUCUGCUUGCAGCUGCAGAUCGAUAUGGUCUUGAGAGGCUCAGGUUGCUCUGUGAGGCAAAACUCUGUGAAGAUGUUGCCAUAAACACUGUGGCAACCACACUAGCCUUGGCAGAACAGCACCACUGUUUCCAACUGAAAGCUGUAUGUCUCAAAUUUGUUGCAUUGCCAGAAAAUUUGAGAGCUGUGAUGCAAACAGAUGGUUUUGAAUAUCUGAAGGAAAGUUGCCCAUCUGUCAUGACUGAACUUCUGGAAUAUGUGGCAAAGAUUGGUGAGCACUCCAUCAUUGUCUGCAGACAUGGGAAUGAAGCCAUGCUCGAUGGCAGUGAUGUCAAUGGAAGACGUGUGAAACAAAGGAUAUAACAUGGCGGCGGUUCUCUUCAUCACUUCAUCCCUGUAA